GUCUUCUUCCCACUACUGCUUGGUAGCUCCCGGCUUCGAGGCAGCAGGAGGAGCAAAGCAAUGGCGGCUUUGGCGAUGGCGACGGGGAUUGUUGUCCCCCACGUGUCCAACGCUCAGUCGAGCGGCGCCGUGCCACAGCGAAGGGAUGUCUCCGUCCGCGCCGCGCCGCCGCGGCAGCAGCGCUCUUCCCGGCCGCCGCCUCCCAGCAACCGGAGGGGCCCGCCUCAGCAGAACCGCCGCGGCGGGCCUCCCAGGCUUCGCGAAGACGAAGAAGACGGCCGAGACGCCUACAGAGGUCCACCGGGGAAGCGUGGCCCUCCUGCCCACCACGGCCGCGCGCCGCCCAGGGGCAGGGGGCCACCAAGAGGUUCGCCCGGCCGCGGACCGCCCAGGGGACCGCCGCCUGGACGCCGCCCGCCGCGCGCCGAUAUGGCCCGCUCUCCCGUUGCUCUGCGACGAGAGGAAGAAGAGGAAUACGGCGACGAGGCGGGGUUCAGGGACUACGACGACGACGAGGAGGAAGAAGAAGAGGAGGGGAGGUUCGCCGGGGGAACCCGUGUGGGCGCCAUGCCCAAGCCGCCCGCCGGCUUCGUCCUCGAUGACCAGGGCAGGUGCAUUGCCGCCGCCUCCAAGCGCAUCGUCUCCAUCAAUGAUGAGACAAACAACCGUCCGUUGGAGUGCAUAAUCAGGAGGGUGUUCCGGAGCACGCAAGAUCACGAAUGCUUGCUUCUUUGCCCAGUUGACAUGCCUGUGCAGGUCCUCAAGAGCACAAACUUCAGCGGUUGGAUUGCUGUCGACGAUGACCAGAUUAAGCAAAUCAUCCCAUCCGUUGCGUAUGCUCUUGCUAGAGUACAUAUGCACUUUGUAGAAAGUGGAUUCUGUUAUACAGCACGGGGUGGCUUCUGCUUUCCUGAAGAUGCAAUUCAAGAAUUCCAUGAUUCUAGUGAUGGUAGCGGAGAGGCACCUUUUGAAGGUGUAGAGAUUUGCAACUUCAAUUUGGACGGCGCACAUUAUAUGAUCUAUACACCAGUGGAUCCUCUUCUGUUUGUCGCAGUCAAGGAUAAAGACAGCGUGCUACACAUUGCUGAAGAUGAUCUGAUGGACGACCCCAACAUCGUCGGUGCCAUAGAUGAAGAGACGGAAUUUACGGCUUUAGUGGAGGAGGAAGAGGCUCUUCUUGAGUCAAUAUUGCAUGGGGACGAUGAUGUUAGCUGAUGCUUCCAUGGCGAGUGAGAGGAUACCAAGGGGUUUUCAUUGGUGGUUCCGAAGAAUGUUUAAUUAGAUCUGUAGAGUGGUAAUUUGUUUUUGGAGGUAGGGGUGGUGCUUUUAAAUUUGUAUUGUAACCUGACCUAAUAGAUGCGCAAGUAGAGAGACUGAGAGAGUAUUGCUGGAUGCUUGAUUUUUUAAGAUUAUGGAAGGAUACGUAGCUGAUGCCAUGAUGGAAGCCAUGGCCAUAGCUCCCUAUA